GCACGGGUGAGUCCGUAUGAAACAGAAUAAACUCAUCAACAUGAUGGUGUCCAUCCGAGUGGUUUUCUGCCUGUUCUGUGGAGCUUUAGCAGCAGCUCAGGAUUUAAACUGGAACAGUUACCCUGCAGUCAGCAGGUUUGGAGACCGGCGUCCAAACUACCCUGUCCGUGAACCAGCAGCUGUCUUCCAGGAGAAGCAGAGUUUCCAUAAACCGUUGUCUUGGAGGUUUCCGGCUCCACCGGCUGAAGAGGAGCCUCACUUCCCUCCAGGCUUUGAGCUGAAGGCCCCGACAGCAGCCAACAGCGUCAGCGCCGUCUGCGGGGAGCGCUCCAUCCGGGUGGUGGCCAAGAAAGACCUGCUGGGGAUCGGUAAACCUGUCCAGGCUGCAGACCUCACGCUGGGAGGAUGUACUGCCACAUGGGAAGAUCCCGAAGCUCAGGUCCUGGUCUUUGAGUCAGAGCUGCACGACUGUGGCAGCCAGCUGCUGAUGUCUGAGGACUCGUUCAUCUACACCUUCACGCUGCUCCACACUCCCAGUCCUCUGGGAGACAGUCCCAUCAUCCGAACCGCAGACGUCACAGUCAGCAUCCAGUGUCACUACCAGAGGAAACAUGAUGUGAGCAGCGGGGAGUUGAAGCCGACCUGGACUCCGUUCAGUGUCACCAAAACGUCAGAGGAAAAUCUCUAUUUCUCUUUCAGACUCAUGACUGACGAUUGGCAGUUCUCUCGUCCGUCCGCUCAGUUCGUGCUGGGAGACACGAUGAAGUUUGAAGUUUCAGUCAAACAGUUUUAUCAUGUCCCACUCAGAGUGUUCGUGGACACCUGUGUGGCCACCGUGGUCCCAAACAUUGACACCGUCCCUCGAUACACUUUCCUGGGAAACAACGGGUGUCUGUUUGACAGUCAGCUGACAGGCUCUGCCUCUCGGUUCCUGCCUCGGUCUCAGGACGACAGACUGCAGUUUGAGGUGGAGGCGUUCAGGUUCCAGCAGGACGACAGCGGCGUGAUCUACAUCACCUGCAAUCUGAAAGCCACAUCAGCUGCUGCAGCUGUUGAUGCCACCAACAAGGCCUGUUCAUUCUCCAAUGGGUGGCGAGAGGCCAGUGGCAGCCAUCACAGCUGUACCUGCUGCAAUACAAACUGUCACCUGACUGGAACAGGUGCUCAGUGGGAACAGGAAACAGCUGUUGGACCAAUCACAGUGAAGGAGAGACCUCUAUAGUGAGAGAAUGAAAUGAGAUUAAAGCUCUUAUGAUGAAA